GACUAAAACAAAAUAUAUCAAUUAGGGAAGAAAAAAUUGCUAUCGAUCCAUGUGGAGGCGAGAGAAUCCUGCAUUGCCCCACAUUUUCCAUAAUCGCCCUUCAAUGGUGGUUGAAUCCUCAUCAGAAAGUUGAAGUUUUGGGUCUAAAGCUCCUGCAUUUCCACCCCAGAAGCAUAAGAAGCUUUUCCCGUCCGGUUUCUGAAUCUCGAUCGGAAAAAAUGGGGAGCUUGGGGGCGAUUCUGAGACACCCAGAUGAUUUUUACCCGCUUCUGAAGCUGAAAAUGGCGGCGAAGAAGGCGGAGAAGCAGAUCCCGCCAGAGCCCCAUUGGGGAUUCUGCUACUCCAUGCUCCACAAGGUCUCUAGAAGCUUUGCCCUAGUUAUCCAGCAGCUGGGCCCCCACCUCCGUAACGCCGUAUGUGUUUUCUACCUUGUUCUUCGUGGCCUUGAUACCGUCGAGGAUGAUAUGAGCAUACCGACCGAUGUCAAGGUUCCCAUACUGAUAGCUUUCCACCGUCACAUAUACGAUCGCGACUGGCACUUUUCAUGCGGCACGAAGGAUUACAAGGUCCUGAUGGACCAAUUCCACCAUGUUUCAGCAGCAUUUUUGGAACUGGAAAAAGGGUAUCAAGAUGCUAUCGAGGAUAUUACUCUAAGAAUGGGUGCAGGAAUGGCCAAGUUCAUUUGCAAGGAGGUAGAAACAAUUGAAGAUUAUGAUGAGUACUGCCACUAUGUUGCUGGACUGGUGGGUUUAGGUUUGUCGAAGCUUUUCCUCGCCUCGGGUUUGGAAGUUCUAACUCCAGAUUGGGAGCAAAUUUCCAAUUCAAUGGGUUUAUUUCUACAGAAAACAAAUAUUAUUAGGGAUUAUCUCGAGGACAUUAAUGAGAUACCGAAGUCACGCAUGUUUUGGCCUCGCCAGAUAUGGAGCAAAUAUGUUGACAAGCUUGAGGUGCAUGACUUGAAAUAUGAGGAGAACUCAACCAAGGCGGUGCAGUGUUUGAAUGAUAUGGUCACUAAUGCAUUGACACACAUUGAGGAUUGCGUAAAGUACAUGGCUUCGUUACGAGAUCCUGCCAUCUUUCGCUUCUGUGCCAUCCCUCAGAUCAUGGCGAUUGGGACGAUUGCAUUAUGCUAUAACAAUAUAGAAGUGUUUAGAGGGGUAGUGAAGAUGAGGCGUGGUCUUACGGCUAAAGUCAUGGACCGGACUAACACAAUGACUGAUGUCUAUGGUGCAUUCUACAGCUUUUCCCGAUUGCUGAAAACAAAGGUUGACAAGAACGAUCCAAAUGCCACGAAGACUCUGAACCAGCUUGAAGCUGUCCAGAAAGUCUGUAGAGAAUCUGGAAUGCUUCACAAAAGAAAAUCAUACGUCGACGAUGAUAAACCACAGUUCAACCCUCUCUAUGUUGCAAUUCUUGUCAUUUUACUGUCCAUUGUCUUCGCAUAUCUCAAAGCAAACCAAGGGACCGAGUAACCAACGUAAGCAUCCUUGGGUAUGUCACCAGAAUAUCUGCUUGUUGGAAUUUGCCAUGUUCUAUGCCCUUUAUGUUUUUCAUUUUGUUUUGUGGGGUAAAAUUGUUUUUACCCUUUGUUUUGUUUGUUUUUGAAAUUAUACAAUCUUUAUCAAACUGGUGAUUUCCUUAUUUUGGUUUACCAAGAAUAUAAUAGGGUGAAUCAUGUGACUUUGUACUGUAA